AUGCCAGACCCAUCAGAAAACGUGGAAGAUGCCGUGGAUAUUCUCGAAAAAGAGGUGAGUUAUCGAUCUCAACAGUUUUUGGGCAGUAAUUCGAAGAAAUCCGGUUUUAGAUGAUUUCCUUCUGCAAUUUGAUUCCCGUCAACUCUUGGGGAUUUGACGACGACGUGAAGGAGUCGCUGAAAAUGCGAAAACACAGUUUAGUUAAUCGACAACUCAGCAAAAGUGAGAAAAUGCGAAAUUUCGUGGAACUCUCAAACUUUCACCAAUUUCAGAGGAGCGAAAAUCGAUGUCAGCGCAGCAAAAGCAGCAUUUGGCGAAAGGACUCGGUCUGGUGCCGAAUACAGUGCAAGAAGUGCUCGAAUGGAUGUCGAACAGCAAACAGCAUUCGAAAGUUCAGCCGGUGAGAAGCGUGGCGCCGCCCGUGAAAAAGGAGCAGGUCAAGAAGACGGAGAAGAAGGAAAAGAAGGUCGAGAAGCCGCCGAAGAAGGUAACAUCUGAAUUGAAGGAUUCUGAAGAAUCGGAUCAAGAUGAGAGCGAAGAGAAGGCUCAAGAGCCAGCUCCAAAGAAUCAGAAGCAACAAAGAGAGUCUGACGACGAGGACGAUGAGAAUUCUGAAGGACAGGAAGAGGAGGACGACGACGAUUCGACUGACGAGGAAACAGAAGAGCCGGCGGCCAAAAAGAUCAAAAUCGCUCCGCAAUCAGUGCUCAAAUCCAACGACAAAAUCGAGAAAGAAAUCAAAAAGUUGGAGGAGGACGAGGACAACGAGUCGCCGGAGAUCAAGCGUCAAAUCGCGCUGCUCCGACUUCAGAAGAAGCUGAAAGAGAUGAAAACCGAGCGAAAGGGCAAGGGGCCGACGAAAGUGACGGCGGCGAUGGCGGACAAGUUGGCCGAAGAGAAGCGGUUGAAACGAAGAGAGAGCAAGCUGAAAUUGAAACAGAGAAGAGCCGAGGAGAAGAAGGGAAAGGAAGUAAAAAAGGAGAUUGAGAAUCAAAAUCAAAACAAGGAAGACGGAGUGGAGAAUGGAGUGCCGGAAAAGAAGGAGAAAUCGGGCAUCUCGUUCAAUAAUCUCAAGUUUGAAAUCAAGGAGGACAAGCAGAGAGGAAAGAAGCAAAGAGUGAGUGAAGCGCUCAAAAAGUUGUGUAAAAACCAAAUUUCCAUUGCAGACUGCCAAGAAAGACCGUGCUCUGAAGCUGACAGGCCGCGACUACAAAUCGCUGAUCGCCAAGGUCGAAGAGACAAAGGCGACGAUCGAGAAGGUUCGGGAAGCGGAUCCGCACAAGGCGACGAUCAUGGAGGACGAGCUGAAGUGGGAGAAAACGCUGAAAAGAGCGGCGGGCGGAAAAGUGAAGGACAAUCUGGAGAUGCUGAAGAAGGCGUUGGCGAAGAAGAACAAACUGAAGGACAGGAAGAAGGAAAAGUGGCAGAACAGAGAUAAUAAGGUCGAGGGAGAGAAGCAGACGGUAGGCGGGGAAAGUUUGAAAGCUCCAAUUGCCCCUUGUUUGAUUUCAGAAGCAGGAGAAGCGCAAGUCGAACCUUCAGAAGCGCAUCGACGACGUCAAGAAGAGGAAGAUGAACAAGUUGAGAAAGAAGGGACGUAUCAUGUAA